AUGGCUCGUCGUUUUGCCUCUGUUGAUCGUCGAGAAGUGAUGACAUCGAUAGAAGAACUCUGCGAUAGGAUACGAGUAUUAAAUGCUCAAGUCCUUAAUCCCAUCGGAACAAUGGUCACGAAAUCACCGAAUGUCGCAUUAGGCCAACUUAACGUGCACGUCGCAUCACUCAACGUACAGCUAGUACAACUGAAGCAUAAAAUUAGCAUACUCGAGCAAGCCGCGGUCGAUGUGUAUAUAAGAUCCAGAUUGCAAAGAGGGAGCCCUUCUGCGACAUUGGAUGAACUUUCUAGUAGAUCCGAGGAGAGAUCCUUCGAGGAAAAUGACGUUUCCAACUUCAACGUGACAUUGCCCGACUCGCCUGUCGAAUGUGCGAUCAUUAUGAGUGCAGAGAACGUCCAUCUGAAUGAAAUGAGCGAGAAGUCACGUCGAGCUAAACGUCGAUCUCGCUCGUUGUCCAUUGUAGUGAGUUUCCUAUUUUCUUUUCCUAAUAAGAAUCUGAAGACUUGCUUUGCCUCGAAGAAACGAACUCUACAUGUGCUCUUUUCGGUUCCAGUUCUUCUUAGUUCUACCUUACGUUCAGCAUAUCUUGAUGCAUUAUCUAGUGAGCGAUGUAACACUUAUCUUUUUCUCGUCCCCAUUUUGCAGAAGAAAAUGAUUCGACGGUUGACUCGCUCGGUUACACCAAGCCGUCGACUUCUCACUUCCGACAACGUCGACGCAGACGUCACUCUUUGCGAACAUAACUGA